AGAGAGAGAGAGAGAGAGAGAGACUCUUCUUCAUUUCUUCAUAAAUCUCUCUCUUUCUUUCUCAGAUUCUCUCUGUAUUUUCCUUGUUCGGCAAGCCAGAUCUCACUCCAUAAAUCUCUCUUUCUCAUCUCUCUCUCUUCUUCCUCUACACCAACAAUCCCCAAUCCUUGCUUCUUUUUACUUUACUUACUACGAUGGCGACGGCGAUGAUAGAGCAAAGGCCGAAGACGAAGAUCGUAUGUACUCUAGGUCCAGCUUCCAGAUCCGUUCCUAUGGUGGAGAAGCUUCUCAGGGCUGGUAUGAACGUUGCUCGCUUCAAUUUCUCUCAUGGAUCUCAUGAGUACCACCAAGAGACUCUCGAUAACCUCCGUCAAGCUAUGCUUAACACUGGUAUCCUCUGCGCUGUUAUGCUCGACACCAAGGGUCCAGAAAUCCGAACCGGGUUCUUGAAAGAUGGGAAACCAAUUCAACUGACACAAGGCCAGGAGAUCACAAUUUCGACUGACUACGACUUGAAGGGUGACGAGAACACUAUUUGCAUGAGCUACAAAAAGCUGGCUGUAGAUGUGAACCCAGGAAUGGUCAUACUUUGUGCUGAUGGUACAAUCUCCUUACUGGUCCUCUCUUGUGACAGAGAGAACGGAACAGUCCGUUGCCGGUGUGAGAACAGUGCCAUGCUCGGUGAGAGAAAGAAUGUUAAUCUCCCAGGUGUUGUUGUGGAUCUCCCAACUCUAACUGAGAAAGACAAAGAAGACAUCAUGCAAUGGGGAGUCCCAAAUCAAAUCGACAUGAUUGCUCUGUCCUUUGUCAGAAAAGGUUCAGACUUAGUCCAGGUCCGGAAACUACUAGGAAAGCACGCGAAAACUAUUCUUCUCAUGUCUAAGGUUGAGAACCAAGAAGGUGUGGCAAAUUUCGAUGACAUUUUGGUGAAUUCGGAUGCUUUCAUGAUUGCCAGAGGAGAUCUAGGUAUGGAAAUCCCGAUUGAGAAGAUCUUCUUAGCUCAGAAGGUGAUGAUCUACAAAUGCAACAUCCAGGGGAAACCUGUGGUCACAGCGACUCAGAUGCUCGAGUCCAUGAUCAAGUCUCCUCGACCCACAAGAGCUGAAGCCACAGAUGUUGCAAACGCGGUCCUCGACGGUACAGACUGUGUCAUGCUCAGUGGUGAAACCGCAGCUGGAGCAUACCCUGAACUAGCUGUCCGUACAAUGGCUAAGAUCUGUGUGGAAGCUGAGAGCACCCUCGACUACGGUGAUGUCUUCAAGAGGAUCAUGCUGUACUCUCCAGUUCCAAUGAGCCCACUCGAGUCACUCGCAUCCUCAGCUGUCAGAACCGCUAACUCAGCUAGAGCUACUCUCAUCAUGGUCCUAACCAGAGGAGGAAGCACAGCGAGACUUGUGGCUAAGUACAGACCAGGAAUGCCUAUUCUAUCUGUCGUUGUUCCAGAGAUCAAAACCGACUUCUUCGACUGGUCUUGCAGCGACGAGUCCCCCGCGAGACACAGCCUUAUCUUCCGUGGUCUGAUCCCAGUGCUCUACGCUGGAUCCGCAAGAGCUUCACACGAUGAAUCAACAGAAGAAGCUAUUGAGUUUGCGACUCAGUACGGGAAAGAGAAAGAGCUGUGCAAGACUGGUGACUCCGUUGUUGCUCUACUCCGAGUUGGUAAUGCUUCUGUGAUCAAGAUCUUGACCGUCAAGUGAUGAUUCCAAUCAAAAACCCCGUUUUUGGCGUUUGGAGAACGCUCCUAUUAUAAACGUUUUAUUCAUGAAAGUAUUCAAGAUUGUGAUUUAAAUCUUGAGAUAGAAAACUCGAGUUCUAUUUUUUUGCAUAUUACCACUACUAUUGUGACCGGUGAAUCCACUUAACAGCUCCUUCUGGGAUUUUUUUUGGGUUGUAUGGAAACUACUGGAUCAUUCAUACACGUAUCCAUUAUCAUGAUUUUCUUAUU